GAGUCACAUGACCAAAUCAAGCGUCGGCACAGUGGCUCGAUACGAUUGCUUCAUGAGCUACCGCGCAUGUGUUGAAGCCUCGGGUAUCAGAGGACCAUCACUAGCUGUCAUCAUAUUUUUAUUAUUUUAAAUCGAAUAUAAUGUUUACGAUAUACUCCAGUCCCCCACGACCCUAAUGAGGAUUAAGCGGUGUAGAUAAUGAAUGGAUAUCAUAUUUCCGAUGGUCCUUAAACUACUCACAGCGCCGUGACGGAAAUGUUUUGUCUCAUCGACGAUGUUUUCCUGCAGCUACAACUCAACAAAUCCCAAUUCUCACUGAGGUGGUAUCUUCAGAUCAAGAAAAACUACAACUUUCCUCCUGAAAAAAUGAUUUGGAGAAGAAAACUUUUGACACCUGCAACAUUUUUGAUCAUCAUGAUGAAAGUCUUCACUGGUCACACUCUAACAUGUCAUCCAGCAGCAUAUCAGAUAGGGAAUGAAUGCUGUCCAAUGUGUCCUGCAGGAAGUCGAGUUAAAACUGAUUGUACAGAGUUCAGAAUGACAUCAUGUCUGCCCUGCCUCAAAGGAACCUUUGUGGAUAAACCCACUGGGCAGAAGAAGUGUUUUGACUGCACCAACUGUGAUGAAGGUUUGGGUCUGAAGGUAAAGACAUCAUGUACAACAACAUCAAAUACAGUUUGUGAACCACUGGAGGGAUUCUACUGUAUUGAUCCAAGAGGGAACAACUGUGUAGCAGCACAGAAACACACAAUCUGUCAUCCAGGACAAUCCAUCAACCAAACAGGAACAGCCUUCACAGACACUGUGUGCUCUGACUGCAGCAAUGGAACAUUUUCAGAUGGAACAUUUACAUCUUGUCAGUCACAUACUCAAUGUGAAUCCAUAAACCUUAAGCUGAUAAAACCAGGAACUUCUUCUACUGAUGCUAAAUGUGGAGAA